CUUGGGCAAAUCUAAAGGGGCAUACCCACCGACCACCACCGUCUUUUGCAUUGGAAUUGCUUGUAAGUGGAAAAAUAAUGGAUGAGAUAUUUUCAGUUGCGUCAUCAUCGUUCCUAAAAAAUCUGUUCUUCUUUCUCCUGUUUAUUAUAUGAGAACGACAGAUCUCUCUCUCUCUCUCUCUCUCUCUCUCUCUCCUCCCUAAUGGCGGAAACUGCUCUAGUAGAAACCAGGAAGAAGAGGAAACAAGUGGAGGGGGAGGAAUUGGUGUCUGGAGACGACCCACAUGAUGGUGAAGAGGAAAGAGUUGUGCCCACUCGGGAGAAGGGCAAGAAGAGGAAGAGAUACGUAGAAGAAGAAGAAAGGUCUGAGCUUCUUCAGGACCCUCUGCUCGUUUUUGGGCAGGAUAUUAUGUUGAUGAUUUUGAGUCGUCUCGAUGCACAGAGCGUGGCACGUUCACUCCUUGUCUCUCAUGGUUGGCAUGCAAUUGCUUCCAGCGACAGGCUUUGGAGCAGUAAGUUUCUCUUUCAGUUGGAGGAGUUGUGGCUGGGAAAAGCACACAUACCUCGUCCAUCUCAAGUCCGGGGAAUAUCAAAGUUAGCUGCUUAUUCACUUUCUGUCUUGGAUGCCAAACGUACCCGCAUCAUGAAGGAUGACCUCUGCGAUCAUGUCUGGGAAUUCCGUUUUACAAAGGCAGCUCCUGAAUAUUGGCGGAAUCUGGAUCCUUCUUGGAUAGGUACAGGCCCUUCUAUGCGCCGUUACUUCCACACAAAUGGCUCCCAGACUGCGGACUCUGGUGACCAGGUGUGGGGUGGUCAUGAGUGCGCUUAUUCAAUUGUUACCAGUUUUGUGGAAGAGGGAAGGAUCAGGGAACAUUACGUGAGGAUAAAUAGAUGGCCCCGAAUGUCUGUGUCAAGGAAGCAGGACUGGAGCUGGGAGCUAGCCAACCACUUGUACUGUUACUCAAGUAUUCCUGAUGCUGAUAAGAAGGGUGGCAGUGGACCAUUGUUUCCAGUGUGUAAUCAGUGAAGAUGCUGUUGAUGAAGUGGAUGGGUUAAAUGAAAUUCUUCGAAAGGUGAAGGAAAAUCCAUGAAGGGAGCAGAGACCACAGAGGCACAGAUCGGCUUCAAAGGUAUAAAGAUCUCCAAAAAUGGUGGUGAUUGAUUUCAGCAUGGACAAAGGAUAUUUAGAUUUCAGAGAUCACCAAACUGGUUGCAUGAGUGAAUCGCUUUUGACCCAUCUUGCACAAUUCUAUUGUCCAUGGCAACAGUAGCUCUACAUAACUUGGUUGGAGAUAAAGAACCGUUGCAGAUACCAACUGUUGGUGCAAAUUUGGAAAUUGAGGAAUAUCAAAUACAGAAUGGGAUGCAGUCAAGAUUUCUCGUGGAGUCUACCCCAUACCAACUUUAUAUCCGUAUACUUGCAUCGGAAGAAUGAAUUAGUGAUACUAAAACCCUGUUGGUGGUUCAACACUGGAGUGUGGGCAUGCAUCAACAACCGGGAUACUUUGCAUCACUACACCAGAAAGGGUGCUUCAGUGUGGAUGCAAUUUUUUGGACCCUUCUUGUAUUUGCUAUGAAGAAAUCCUGAAAAGAGUGUUUUCCGUGAUUCUUUAUUCAGUGUAUCCCUUGGCAUCCACAGAGAAGCCGGGUGUCUCUCUCUCUCCCUCUCCAUGGCAUUGCUCUUCUUUGAAUGAUAAGGAACAGAGAAACAUACUUGUGCUCUAAAA